GACCCCUCCUCCAUCGACGAGGAGCCUCUCUAUGUCAACGCAAAGCAGUAUUUUCGCAUUCUCAAACGCCGUGUAGCGCGCGCCAGACUCGAGGAGCUACACAGGCUCUCCAGGCAGAGAAAGCCUUAUCUGCACGAGUCUAGGCAUAAGCAUGCUAUGCGCAGACCACGCGGCCCAGGCGGUCGCUUCCUCACCGCAGAAGAAAUAGCGGCCCAAAAA